GAUAACUGCUAUCAAAUAUUUAUCUUGUGAUUUUGAAGUGCAAUUUAUUAUUUAAGAAAGAAAUACAAAAACAUUGAUUUAAUCUAAGCAUUUCAAGUUUACGGUUUGCACGUAUUAAGUUACGAGAUAAAUAAUCAAGGAAGAAUAAUGAAAGUACUACUGGUCUUUGCCGUCCUGCUGUUGGCAGCUCUAGCCAAUGCUGAGACUUGUGGAGAUGGUGGUUACUGUGAUGGAGAAGGAAGAUGCUGCAGAACUGCAACAUCAUAUAAAUGUGCACCAGAAGACAAUGUAGUAUGUUGUCCAGGUGGUGAUUACAGCUGUCCAAAGGGCAAGUCCUGUGUGAAAUUUUUCAAGUGGUUCGUUUGUGUAAGGCUUGGAGCACCAACUGAUAUUGACGGAACAAAUUCAGUCGGAAUUUCCUACUCAAAAGCAAACCCAAACACUAUGUUGUCUUUUGAUUAAACCGAUUUUGCAUAAAAAUAAAUGCUUGUUUCUUUAAAUAAAACUUAAAUCUACAAAA